AUGGCGUCCUGCGUCGCCCCCAUCGCGGCCGCGAUCCGCGUCCCGGCACUCGCGCGCCACGCCGCGAAGCCCCGCGCUCGCGCGAUCGUUCCCCUUCGCGCGGUGAACGAAGCCGGCGAGUACAUCAGCGUGCGCGACACCAUCGAGGCCAAGAUCGCCGCCGAGAUCGACUGCGAGAUACUGGUGGUGAACGACGACAGCGCGAAGCACUCGCUGCACAAGGGGAUGCACGACGGGAACGCGAAGACUCACGGCGCCGAGUCCCACUUCUCCGUCGUGGUCGUCUCCGAGUUCUUCGCGGGCAUGAACCCCGUCAAGAGGCACAGGCAGAUCAACGCCAUCCUCAAGGAGGAAUUCGACGCCGGGCUUCACGCCUUGCAGCUCACCACCCGAACGCCCGCGGAGCACGCCAAGGCGACCGGGGGAAAGUGA